AUGGAAGAGAUGUCCAAAGAAACAAGAGGUUGCGAUCCACGAAUGGCGGUUUCCAGGGUGAAGACGAUUUGCAAUGUUAUAUCUCCUAUCUCGGUGAAGCUUCGACAACUACUUACUGAUGUGCACCUUAUUUUGAUUAGAUUAAGAAUUUGGCAAGCUCUGAGAUGGACGUAUCUUGGAGCGAGAAAAGAAUUCCAACACAAUUUACAAACAGCUAGCAAGCACUUGAAACGGACGUUGUUUGUAUAUUGCAACGUGGGACAUCGGAUUGUUAGUACAGCAAGUUUGAAACAAGGUGUUUCAAGUGAGAAAAGUGCUAAUGAUCACAACGUGGAAGCUGGACCUGGAGGAUGGGACAUCAUAGGUUCAGCAAGUUUUCAACGGAAUGUUGAAAGCGAGAAAAGAACCUGGCGGCACACCCCGGGACCUGGAGGACAACAAAGCCAACUCGUCAACAUGAAAAAAUCUUUCAGUUAA